GAUCUCCCAACAAGUGGAAGUCAGCCGGGCACAGCUGCGAGCAAUCAAUGAGCGGGUCACCCUUGCUCAAGCCAAAAUUGAGAAGAUAAAGGGCAGCAAAAAGGCUAUUAAGGUGUUUUCCAGCUCCAAAUACCCUGCACCAGAACGGCUGCAAGAAUAUGCUUCCAUCUUCACUGGCGUUCAGGAUCCAGAGGCACAGAAACAACCGAGGCACAAGAUUCAGAGCAAGCACAGAGCAUUGGAUGAGAAGUCCUUACAGGAGAAGUUGAAGUACUUCCCGGUUUCAGUUACCACCAGAGUCCGUCAUGAAGACGACGCAGAAGAAGGCCUGGGCAGUCUUCCCAGAAACAUUAGCUCCCUCAGUUCCCUGCUGCUCUUCAAUACCACCGAGAACUUAUAUAAGAAGUAUGUCUUUCUCGAUCCUUUGGCUGGCGCGGUGACCAAGACCCAUGUGGCUCUGGAGACAGAAAGAGAAGAAAAGCUUUUUGACGCCCCCCUCUCUAUCACCAAGAGGGGACAACUCGAUCAGCUGGUGGCUGAAAAUUACUUCUAUGUACCAGACCUGGGGCAGGUGCCCGAGAUAGACGUGCCAUCCUAUCUGCCUGACUUGCCUGGCAUUGCCGCAGACCUCAUGUAUAGUGCAGACCUGGGUCCCGGCAUUGCACCUUCUGCUCCUGGGGCUGCUAUACCUGAGCUGCCCACCUUCAGUAUGGAACCCACAGAGAUCUUCCGACAAGAUCUUCAAGAGGGGGCACCUCCCCCUCCUCCCCCUCCCCCUCCACCCCCUCCCCCUGAAAUUCCUGUUAACAUCCCACCUCCUCCUCCUCUUCCACAAGUGCCAGCCCCGUCUGAUUCUCAAACCAGAGAAGGCAGAAGCAGCGCCUUGCCAUCCGCUGCUGUUCAAGGAGCACCAAAGGAAGUGGUGAACCCAUCAAGUGGCCGGGCCACUCUUAUGGAAUCCAUCCGCAAAGCUGGUGGCAUCGGGAAGGCCAAGCUCCGUAAUGUCAAAGAGAGGAAACUAGAAAAGAAAAAGCAGAAGGAGAAGGAGCAAGUGGGAUCUACUGGGCAAGGUGGAGACCUAAUGUCAGAUCUCUUCAACAAAUUGGUCCUCCGGCGCAAAGGUAGAACAUUAUUGGGUGUAAAGAGCGUAGUGGAUAGCACUUUUCAUGAAGUCUUGGAACAUAAAGAAGAAAGAGAAAACCGAAAUGUCUCAUGGUUCAGUCAAAAUGAGAACCCGGAGUCUAUAACCGAUUACAUCCCACACACAGAUUUUAGCAAUGAUGACUGCUGGUGGCAUAGAAAACAUUCUGAAAUUGAAAUAGCUGUUUCUGAGUGA